AUGAGCAAAGAAGAACCUCCGUCUAGUUGGGAAGAAGCUACUUUUGAUGAAGCAAAAUUUGCUAAACUAAAUGUGAAUGCUGCCGUCUUUGUACCAUUUGGUGUGCAUACUGAACAACCGUCUGUUCCUGCACCAAAACCUAUUCAACCACAACAACAAGUACCUGCUUCUUCUGCUAGUGUUCGUCCACCGGAAACUUCUCUGUCCACAUCACUCUCAUCUCGACAGCAAUCAGAUGAAAAUAAGCAGCAAACAACAACGACAAAUGUCGCUAUAGGGAAUAAUCUAUUAGAAAAUAAUCAACACGAAAAUGAUAUUAGUACAAAACAACCAAUAACAACAACACAACUGAAUGACCAAGAAAUAGAAAAAAUUGGCAUCGAUGAAGGUGAAGGAGCGAAGUUGGAGGAUGAUAGUGAAAUGAUUAUGAAUGAAGAAACAGGAGAUACUAGUGAAAGAUCAACAAUAACAAAACCGCCCAAAGAGAAAAAAAUUGUCAAACGUGACAUAAUUCGGAAAAAAGAACCUGUUAACAUAGUAUUUUGUGGGCACGUCGAUGCUGGAAAGUCAACCAUUGGAGGACAAUUAAUGUAUUUAACGGGUCAAGUUGAUAAACGAACAUUAGAAAAAUAUCAGAAUGAAGCACGUGAGAAGAGCCGUGAGUCUUGGUACUUAUCUUGGGCACUGGAUACAAAUGAAGAAGAACGUGAUAAAGGCAAAACGGUUGAAGUUGGUCGGGCAUGGUUUGAAACGGAAAAAAAACACUUCAUUAUAUUGGAUGCACCUGGGCAUCGCUGUUUUGUUCCCAAUAUGAUUGGCGGCGCGUCACAGGCCGAUAUUGCUAUUCUGGUGAUAUCAGCUCGAAAAGGUGAAUUUGAAACGGGUUUUGAACGUGGCGGACAAACACGUGAACAUGCCAUGCUAGUUAAAACAGCUGGUGUAAGAUAUAUGGUCGUAUUAAUAAAUAAAAUGGACGAUCCAACCGUGAACUGGGACGAAGCUAGAUAUGAAGAAAUUAAAGAGAAACUAACGCCCUAUUUGAAAAAAUGCGGUUUUAAACCAGGUGAGGAUACCGUGUUUAUGCCUUGUAGUGGAAUGAGCGGCGCGGUACUCAGAGAACAUCCAGGUGAACAGAUUUUAUCGUGGUAUCAUGGGCCAACAUUUAUUGAUUAUUUGGAUGGUUUACCGUCGUUUAAUCGAAGCAUCGAUGGACCAUUUCGAAUGCCAAUAGAUAUGGGUGCUAUUGUUAUGGGUAAAAUUGAAUCGGGUUAUAUUCGCGUAGGUGAUAAAUGUUUUGUGAUGCCCAAUCGUCAAAAAGUUGAAAUAACGAACAUUUAUUAUGAAGAUAUUGAAACGGAUAGCAGUAUUUGUGGUGAAAAUGUCAAAUUAAAAUUAAAAAAUAUUGAAGAAGAAGAAAUUUCACAAGGAUUUGUUUUGUGUGACAUAAAUGAUGUUUGUCAAGUCGGAAAAGUAUUUGAUGCUCAAAUUGCUAUUCUUGAACAUAAAUCGAUUAUAUGUCCGGGUUAUUCAGCUGUGUUACAUAUUCAUACAGCCGCUUGUGAAGUUCAACUUAAAAUGAUAAUAGCAUUAAUUGAUCGUAAAACAGGAGAACGUAGUGCACAACAUCCGCGUUUUAUCAAACAAGAUCAAGUGGCAAUAGCUCGAUUUGAGAUAAAUCAAAAUGUUGCGUGUAUGGAACCGUUUAAAAAAUUUCCACAACUAGGACGUUUUACCCUAAGAGAUGAGGGGAAAACGGUGGCUGUUGGAAAAGUAUUGAAAAUUAUUGAAUGA